AGAUUAGAUACACAAACAAAUGACAUUCAGAAAGCUACCGAACAUAAUUAUAACUGGAACUCCUGGUUCCGGAAAAACUUCACAUGCAGAAGAGUUUGCUUCACAAAAUCCCGAAUUCGAUCAUAUUAAUGUCAGUGAAUUUGCUAAAGCAAAUGACUGUUUAGAAGGGUAUGACGAAGAAAGAGAUACGAGUAUAGUCAAUGAGGACCGUUUAUUGGAUUUGUUGGAACCUAUGGCAGAAAAGGGAGGAUUGGUGAUAGAUUGGCAUUGCUGUGAAAUUUUCCCUGAGAGAUGGAUUGAUUUGGUAGUCGUGGUGAGGUGCAAUAACACGAUUUUAUAUGACAGAUUGGAAAAGAGAGGGUACAAGCAGUCUAAGAUCACUGAGAAUGUUGAGUGUGAGAUCAUGCAAGUUUUGUUAUCCGAGGCCAUGGAUAACUAUGACCAAAAUAUAGUCGUCGAACUACAAAGCGAAGAUUUAGAUUCCUUAGAUGCAAACGUCUCCAGAAUUUCACAGUGGGUAGAAAUGUGGAAAGAAAACAAUCCGGAUGGUGUAUCCAACGAACUAGAAUAAUCUUUUCGUUUAUAAUUAAUGUCUAACUAACAGUUUUAAAAAAUUGUUUAAAGAAUAGUGUAUAUGUACAAUGUUUGAACGUGCCUGUGGUGUCCAGAUGCAGAGAAAACUAACUGAAGAACUUGUAUGCUUCCCGAUUAGUAUCGUUAUCAGCUACCUUCAUUUACCUAUCUUGAUUCUUAGUGCUCUUUGGGCCUUUCUUCUCUUUCUUAAUUUAUGCUUCUUCAUCUUUAACCUUCUUUUUCUCAAAACAGAAGUCAUAACCAUCUCUGUUGCACCAGCUUCAUUGAGUGGUUCAACUUUUUCGCAAAUUUGCUGCAUGAUUCCAAAAUGCUUUUGACUUGGGCUAGCAAUUUCCAAAUUUUGCUUCAAGUGGAAAAUCAUGCUAGUUGGAGCUGGAGUGAAUGCAGGUCUAAUGACCAUAGUGGAUGCCAACCUCGAUCCCAACGUCGG